AUGGUCAAAGAGAAAAUUAAUCAAGAAAAUCAUCCAAGUGUCAGUUUAAGGUUACUUGGCAAGAGAGGUAGGUAUGGAAGAACUUAUAACCUUCCUACUGUUUCUGAGGUUGCUUUGCUUGUGGUUGGUGAUUUUGAUGAAGCUUUGGGUGAUAGAGAUAUUAUUGUUAAAGAAAAAUCAGGCCGAUUGCAACGUAUUAGUGAACGAAGUCCUUCUUAUCUUGCACUUCGGUAUCCACUUCUUUUCGCUUAUGGUGAGGAUGGUUAUAGCGAAAAUAUUGGUUUUUCAUACAGUUGCACUUCUUCAAUCAAAAGAACGAAAAUUAGCCCGAAAGAAUAUUUUGCAUACCGGUUGCAUGAUAGAUUGAAUGAGUGUUCUAUUAUUUUGUACGCUCGACGAUUAUUCCAACAAUUCAUUGUUGAUGCUUAUACUAUGAUUGAGACUGGUCGUCUAAUGUUCGUACGAACACAACAGAAAAAAUUGCGGGCUGAAAUGUACAAUGGUUUGGCGGAGGCUGUUCUUCGAGGUGAGAUAGAUGGUUCAAUGCAUGAGAUUGUUAGAUUUCUUGAGGCUAAGGGGUUGAAAUCUGAUGAUCGACCAGAUGUUGUCUGUAGAAUUUUUAAAGUUAAGUUGGAUAAUUUGAUAAGAGAUCUUAAGACCAACAAAAUUUUUGGAGCGGUGAAAGCAGUUGUGUAUACUAUUGAGUUUCAGAAACGUGGAUUGCCUCAUGCCCAUAUUUUGCUUUUCUUAAGCAACGAGGACAAGCUACCUCAACCUAGACGCAUUGAUGAGAUUAUUUCUGCUGAAAUUCCCGAUCCAGUAACUGAUCCUGGCUAUUAUGAAAAUGUCAAAGAAUUCAUGGUGCAUGGACCCAGUGGUGUUGUUCGAAAAUCUUCCCCAUGUAUGCGUGAUGGAAGAUGUUCAAAAUAUUUUCCAAAGAAUUAUCCUGAUGCCACAAAGUUUGAUGAUGAUGGUUAUCCGGUUUACAGACGUAGAGAUAAUGGUCGUGUUGUUAUCAAGGAUGGUGUGCCCUCGGAUAAUAGAUACAUUGUUCCGCACAAUCGUGCAUUGCUUAUGAAAUACGGUGGUCACAUCAAUGUUGAGUGGUGCAAUCAAUCGCAAUCUAUCAAGUAUUUGUUUAAGUACAUAAACAAGGGUCAUGAUCGUGUGACGACAUCUUUUUUCCAAUCUGGUACGGAUGGAGUUGGACAGAAUUUGGAUGAAGUUAGUUUGUACUAUGAUUGUAGGUAUAUAUCGUCAUGUGAAGCUGCUUGGAGAAUUUUCGGAUUUGAAAUUCAAUAUAAGGAUCCUUCUGUUGAAAGACUGAGUUUUCACCUUCCGAAUGAACAACAUGUUAUUUUUAAUGAAUCUGAUCCGUUGGAUAACGUUUUUAAUCGUCAUACUAUUCAUCAAAGCAAGUUUUUGGGUUGGAUGGAGGCAAAUAAGAUAUAUUCUGAAGGUCGAAAUCUCACUUAUGGUGAAUUUCCAACCAAAUUUGUGUGGAAAACCCAUCAUUGGCAACCUAGAAAACAACGAUUUUCCAUUGGGAGGUUGUUUUAUGUUGCUCCAGGUUCUGGUGAUAUCUAUUACUUGAGAUGUUUGCUAAAUAUUGUUAAAGGAGCUACAUCAUACGAAGACAUUAGAUGUGUGAAUGGCGUUCAGUAUGAUACGUUUCGAGAUGCCUGCUUUGCUUUAGGAUUGUUGGAUGAUGACAAAGAAUAUGUUGAUGGCAUUAUAGAGGCAUCCUUUUGGUCUUCUGCGCAUUCUUUAAGAUUGCUAUUUAAAUUGAAAAAUCAUGCAGGUUUGAUGCUGAAUGAUGAAGAAAUUCAGAAUUUUGCAUUGGCAGAGAUUGAGAAAUUGUUGUUAAAUGUUGGGAAAAGUUUGCGAGAUUUACAGGGCAUGCCUUAUCCAAGAUCAGAGUAUUUUGAAUCAUUUGACAAUAGGUUGAUUAGCGAUGAGUUGUGUUAUGACCGUGAAGCUUUAGGAAGAGAACAUUUGGACUUUAUUUCCAAGUUCACUGAUGAGCAACUUUAUUCUUUGCCGGCCGAGAUUCGUUCGAAGGGUGAUAUUGUUUUAAACGUGGCAUCCAGUGGCAUAGCUUCUUUACUGUUUCCUGGGGGGAGUACACUUGCUGAACUGAUUGUAAGAGCUAAGCUUAUCAUAUGGGAUGAAGCUCCGAUGAUUCAUAAACAUUGCAUAGAAGCCGUGGAUAGAACCUUCAGAGAUAUUAUGCGCGUAUGUAAUGAGUUCAGUACGGACAAACCCUUUGGCGGAAAAACAAUAGUUUUUGGUGGAGACUUUAGACAAAUCUUGCCAGUUGUUCCUAAGGGUAGUAGGCAAGAUGUUGUGAAUGUCGCUAUUAACUCUUCAUAUCUUUGGAGGAAUUGCACAAUUCAGAGGUUGACCAAAAACAUGCGUCUUUUGAGUGCUGCAUCUUCGGAUGAAGCUUCACGAUUGAAGGAAUUUUCUUCUUGGGUUGCUUCUAUUGGAGAUGGAGUUGUUGGUGGUCCAAAUGAUGGUGAAGUGACCAUUGAUCUUCCUUCCGACAUUGUUUUGUCUAAUUCUGGGGAUCCUCUUAAAACAAUUGUUUCAAAGAUAUAUCCGUCUUAUAUGAAUCAUGAAGAGUUGAGUAAUUGUUUGCAUGAUCGUGCUAUACUUGCUCCAACUUUAGAGGUUGUUGAUGAGGUUAACCAUAUCAUGAUGUCGUUGGAUCAGUCUCAGGGUCGAGUUUAUUUGAGUUCUGAUAGUAUCUCAAACUCAGAUUUGACCUCAAAUGGCUUAGCUGAGAUACAUUCUGUUGAAUUUUUGAAUAAGAUAAAGUGUUCAGGUACACCUAAUCAUGAAUUGUUGUUGAAAGUUGGUACUCCUGUGAUGUUGUUAAGGAACAUAGAUCACUCGAAUGGAUUGUGUAAUGGCACCAGAUUGAUAAUUACACGUUUGGGUGAUUAUGUUUUGGAGGGACAAGUAUUGGGUGGCCAUAAUGUUGGUCAUAAAGUUUUGAUUCCCCGAAUGUCUUUAAUACCAUCUGAUCCAAGUUUGCCAUUCAAAUUCCAACGACGACAAUUUCCUUUGGCUGUGUCGUAUGCAAUGACCAUUAACAAAAGUCAAGGUCAAUCUCUAUCUCAUGUUGGAUUAUUUUUACGAAAACCAGUCUUCAGUCAUGGACAGUUGUAUGUUGCUAUCUCUAGAGUUACGAGUCGUGGAGGUCUGAAGAUUUUGGUUUGUGGAGAUGAAGAUAAUAAUAGAAGUGAUGCUACUGUUAAUGUUGUUUACAAAUAA